UCUGAAGGACAAGUGAAGAGUGCAGCAAGUCGGCAUGGCGAAAGCAGUGAUCUCGUCGAUACUGCAAUCCCAGCUUGGCAGGUAUGUCGAUGGACUGGCCCCGGAAUCGCUACAAGUCGGGUUGUGGAGCGGGGAACUUUUGCUCACGAACUUGAAACUCAAGCCGAAUGCGCUCGCGGAGCUGAACCUUCCCAUCCUAGUAAUCCAGGGAAGCAUUGCGAAGGUGCAUGUACUCGUUCCGUGGAAUCAAUUGGGGUCGGCGAGUGUGCAAAUCACUCUAGAGGGGAUAUACGGGGUCGCUGUUCCGAACAACGAGCUCCCGACUCCCGAAGAGGUGUUGGUGGGAAUUCGUAAUCGGCUGGAACGUGCAGAGCUCAUGCGUCAGCACCAACGGCACACGACAAACGGGCAACACAGUGCAUCGGACCCGAAAGAAGACGAGAGUUUCUUUUCGAGACUAACGUCACGCAUCAUGGACAACCUUCUGAUCACGAUCCGCGAUUUCCACAUCCGCUACGAAGAUGUGACGUCGAACCCAAGCACACCUUUCACGUUUGGCGUGUUGCUCGAGUCGUUCACGAUUGAAACGACUGAUGAACAAGGGCGCAAGUUGUUUGUGGACAGGAGCAACGCUCCGCCGGCAAAGAUGCACAAGGUCGCGACGCUGAAGAAUCUGACGGUGUACUGGGAUCGAUUGUCGAAAGCUACGUCGCUGCAAAAGUCCAAAAACUUUGAGACCUCGAUGCGCAACGUGAUCUAUAGCGACUUUCGGCAACUCGACAGGCGAUGGCUCCUUCUCCCACCAUGCUCCCUCAGUGUUCGAUUCACAAAGAACGAGAGCCAAGUGUUCACAAAGGAAUGCCCCAAGUACCGAAUCCAGGCGACGGUCACGACCCUAGCGCUUCACUUGAGUCGAGAACAAUACGACGAAAUGGUGUUUAUGUACUUGGCGAUGCGAAGUCGGCUAGCGAUCGAAGCGCACUUUUGGUACAAUCGCCAUCGGCCAUUUCUGUCGAUCACCAACUAUUCUAUCGUGUGGUGGGAUUACGCUGUGCGCUUUUACAGCAAGAAGAAAAAGUUGCGCUUCCGCUGGUCCGUCGUGCGUAAAAUGGCUCGCGACCGCAAAAUGUACAUCGCGUUGUACAAACAGCACCACUUGCAGCACAUUCCGUUGAGUGCCGAGCAGCUGGCGUACCUGCAGCGCCUCGACGACAUGUUCCCCCUCGAGUUGACGAUGCGCCUGCGUGACAUGGCCGAUGCCCAACUCGCCAAGACCAAGACAGAGGCACAAGCGGCAGCCGCGCAGUCGUCGUGGUUUGGGUACUUUUUUGGCGAAGGCGAUUCGUCCAAGGAUGUUCAGGAAGUGCUGUCGGCUGAAGGCAAGGCCGAUUUGAAGCGCGCAUUUGACGAGACCGUUGCGCUGGAAGAGGCGCCGGUUCCGGAAGACUGCUGUAUUGUUGUCGUCGACUUGACGUUGCAAAAGGGUGAAAUUGGUCUGUUCGCAUACAAAAACGUGCCGUUGCUGACGAGCGAGUUUACGGGGUCGUGUUUGUUUCAAGUCCAGCCCGCGUCGCGAUGGCUGCUCCAACUCCAACUGCGUCGGUUGAACGUGCUGAAUUGGCGUUGCGCCAAUGCCGACGCAGCAGGACGCAAGUUUUGCGCGCUUCAAGUAGACCAUGGAAGGAGCGCGACGACGAACGCGCCGUUUGAGAUCUCCGUCGCCGCCACCGACGUGGCUGCCAUGCGUGUGCGCGUCUCGGCCGAUCCGAUCCGCGUCGUGCUCGACCCCGUGUUCCUGUUGCAACUGAUGGAUUUUUUCUCCACCAACGACACCCUGAACGACGUAUGGGAGUACGCGACGAGCUCGGUGCAGAACUACGUGUUUGCCGAGCAAGAGGCAGACAUGCGCGCAGUCGUGGCCACGAAGAAGCACAUCAUGUACGACGUCCUCGUUGACAUGAAAGCGCCGCUGUUUGUGCUACCGGAAGAUGCCACAUCCAACACCACGGCGAUGUUGGUGUUGGAUCUCGGUCGUUUUCACGUCCAAGACGUGGCGACGACCCCCGCUCGCGCUGCUGACGUGUACUCUUGGCAGUUUGACAUGACGGAAAUCGAGGUGCUCCUGCAACAGCCCAAGGCAUCCAACGUGGUGCCGAUCGUUCCACGAUUCAAUGUCGCGUUUGCCGUCGAAUCGUCCAAGAAUUUUCAAGACAGCCGCAUUCCUUUUGUGUCGGCCAAGGCGUCGAUGCCGUCCGUGAUCGUGAAUGGCGCACAAGACACGAUCAUGUCCCUCGGCAAGCUCCACGCGUCGCUCUUGAAACAAUGCAAGGCGUAUUGCAACGCAUCGUCCGUGUCAGUGCACGUAGCCGAUGACGUUGUGCCUGCAUCGGCGGCGCAGCGCGAUGAGACGUUGGAAAAUGACCUGACAACGAAAAACGAUGUGGACUCGUGUGUGCUACACCUCGUGUGGUUGAUCGAGUUUGUUCAAGUCAACAUUGACGACACAUUCCGGUUCAAUAUGCGGGGCACGUGGUUCGACUACCAAGCUCGGAGCUCGUCGACAACGGUCCAAGCCAGGCUGCAAGAUUUGUCGAUGGAGGACCGAUGCCAUGCGGCGCAGUCGCCGUAUUACUACCUCGCUCGCACCGAAGACUCGUCGGAUUUGAUCCAAGUCACACUGGCCACGAGCACCUCGCCGGCCCGUGUGGCGGACACUACUGUCGACGUACAGUUCAACGUGCUGCACAUGCAGUGGAAUCCGUCGUCAAUUAUGAUGCUGUACACGAUGAUCGCGGCGUACGGCAGCAGCAUGGACGGUUCAACGACGACCGACUUGUCUGCUUCGAUCAUGAGUCAGAGCACGACCUUGGCCAAGCCCACCAACGCGACCAUCCCGUCGUUGAAAGUCACAGCCGCGCUCAAGAAAUUCAGUGUGUCUUUCAACAAGGACGAGCUCGACCGCCGCUUGCUCACCGUGACUGUGGCCAAUGCAUCGCUUGGGUACAUUGGGCAUCAGUCGGGGCUGUUCAGCGUGCAGGGCGAGUUGGGCGACAUGACCGGAGUCGACUUCAGCGUGAAGAAAGCGCCGACGUAUUCUCCGUUUUUCGGCAUGGAUCGAAGCGUCGAAGGUUCCAAAUCGUCGGUCGCCAAGUUGCUCCAGUUCGAGUAUGACGUCACGGGCGGGGCGACGAUGCCGCGAUUGUCGCUCGUUUUAAACUCGAUCCGGAUUGUGUAUUUUCACCAGCAGAUCCUCGAGUUGGUCGACUACUUGUUCCAAGGCAUCUUGGGCUCCCUCGUGAACCAAACAUUGCUCAGUGCGACGCAACUCCUUCUCGAACCUGCAGCGUCCGUCGUCUUGGACAUUCGCAUCGAACAGCCCAAGAUCCUCGUCCCCAUGGAACCCUUGGAUGUCGAGCAUUUCUUGCUCACGUCGUCGCGGUUGACUCUCACCCAUGUGCCGUCGACGUUUGCUGCGUACGCCGACUCGAUGCUGGCGGUUGUCCGCACUCGCGACAAUGCGCGUUCCGAGUUUGCGUGCGAUUUGAAGCACGUCGUGCUCGAACACGCUGGACUGUACAGCUCGAACGGCAGCGGAGGCUACGACGACUUGAUGGCAAAGCCAAUGACGUUGUCGAUCUCUAUUAUCGACGUCCGGUCCACACACCUCGAACACGAUGGCAAGGCGCUUCCUCGCUUCUCCAUCGAUUGCCUCAUGCCCCAUAUGCACCUCAAGAUCUCGCGAAAGCAUUACCUCAUGUUCUUUCGCGUGCUGGGGGAAAACAUUGGCGGCGACUCGCUCGUGUCGUCGGCGGCCGCCGCGAUUCACCAAACGGACACGGGGUCGAAUCGUCCCGUUGUCGUGUACGAGUAUGCGAACGCCGACUUGGAAGCUGCAACGAUGGCGCUGUCAUUCUUGAUGGAGUCGUUCUCGUGUGCGCUGGACAUUGGGUUGACACUUGAAACGACCAACUUGACGGUGUGCUUGAACCUCCUCCAUCAUGUGAAUCCGUUGCUCCAUGUGAGCUUGGCGAAUGCGUCCGUCUCGAACGUCAUGCGAUGCGACUCGAUCAUGACAAUCAAAUACGAGUGGGAUGAUGAAGCCGGUACGACCUUCCUCGACGUUGCGCUCAGCCACCUCCAUGGCAAGUUGAUUCCGCAUGUCUUGGUCGACGUUUCGCGCUUCUUUGCCUUGGAGACCAACGACGAAGCGCCCGGCGCGACGACCGCAGCUGUUGUGGCCAUCCCUGCCCCGAAUCGCCAAACGUCCUUCACCAUGAACAUGGUCGCCACGAAUGUCCAGCUGAGUCUACCACAGGACCUCCAAGUCGACCACGGGGUCGAGUUCGUCGUGGCGGCGAAUUUUGACGUUGCGUUCGAGAGCUUUACAAACCACAUUGAACACCUUCAGCAGAAAUUGACGCUGCGAGCGAGCGACUGUGAAGCGCUGCUGCAAAAUGCCAAUCGGCAGGGCUGCAGCGACACGUUGGUGCAAUUGAUAGAACCAACCACGAUGGGGGUCACGUACUUGGGUUUCGAACCGUGCCCAGGCCACCACCAGGACAAAAUCGAUGUGUCUGUGAGUCCGAUUGAAGUAUUUUUGUCGUACGAAGACUCGCGGGUUCUCGCGGACGUGUGGGCCACCAUGCAGUGCGACAUGCAAACGUCGGCGUCUCCUCCAUCCAACGCGACGUUGACAAGAUCGUCUUCCAAGCCGCUCCAACUGGCGUCCGACCGUGUCGUCGACGUUCAGCGCCACAUCACGUGCGACGUCGCGAGCAUGCAGCUGACGCUCAUCAACGAUUGCGACGGGUGCGACAUGGGGCUCCUCCAGCUCGAGCUCCCAAUGUGUCGGGUGUUCAUGAAUGCGACAACGACCAACGACGCAACAACGGCCACAGGUGGCUGUGAUCUAUCGUUUGCAUCGUCCUACUACAACCCGGACAGUCGCGUAUGGCAUCCGCUAUGCCCCGAGUGGAAGCUCGCGGCGUCUGUCAUGACCAAUAUCCCACACGUUGUCAAGGAGGACCAGUUGAACUCGAUGCAGUGGCAUAUCUCGGCUGAUACGCUGAAACUGACGGCGACUCAUGGGUUGCUCGAGGCGCUGGCGUCCGCGGGGGGCUCUUUGAUGAAGGCCAAGGAAACGACCGACGACGCAUCUCUCAAGCACGCCGCGCCGUGCUUGAUUCAGAAUGAAUCGGGGAUGCCCAUUGAGUACUGGUGGAGUAGCGACCCGCGCAAGAAGACCCGCGUCGAACACAAAGGAGCAGACGCGAUUCAUUAUGUGCAUGUCAAAGGAAAGGGCGCUGGAGUCACUAGAACGUACACGUCGAGCGACAAGGAGCAUGGCACGCUCUGCAUCAACCUCCUUGGGAUGGACACGAUGCCAGUCCAAGGCAUUGUCGUCGAGCAACUGGGCACGCGUCUCCAUGCCCUCGUCGAGACCUGUGGCAGCUUGUCCAAGCUCAAUGUGACGUGCGAUACGCAGCUCGUGGGCGGCCACAUUGUACUCACGAUCUCGUCGCAUCUGCGCGUGCAAAGCCAUCUAUCGAACGAGAUUCAACUGCUCGUAUACGACCCCACGUGGAAAUCUCCCGUGGAACUCGGCAACUUGCGCCCCCUCGCGUCGACGUAUAUUCCCAUAGCAUACUCCACGGGGUCCGAGUUGCGCGUGCGACUGAAUGGACCCGACUGGGCGUACAGCAGCCCGAUCCCCAUCGACGCGGCAAGCACGUCCACAAUCACCGUGACUUGCGUGCACGAAUCGUCCAAGGUCGCUGUGUUUUGCGUGGCACUCGACAACGGCGUGAUUGAGCUGUACGAGCCGUAUGUGCUCGAGAACAAGCUGCCCGUGUCGGUCAUGUUCCAAGUCAAGGACGCGCAGUCGUUGCCGCGAGGCGACGACGUUGUGGUCGGGUGCAAGUCGGCCAUUUGGUGGUGCCGCAGCACGCCCGUGUUUGCAUUCAACGUCCCUGGGUGUGAAACCACGAAUUGGCUCCCUCUCCUACGCAAGCGGGACGGCGACACGUUCUCGCUCACCCUCAAGCGGUUGGAUCGACAACCGUUGACGAUUCUCGUCGCGAUUUCCGAAAACAAAGCCAAGGCCGUCACGAUCACGCUCCUGGCCGAGAUGUGGAUCAUUAACAAGACUGGCGUCGAAUUGUUGUACGGCAACGACGCCGACGACGUGUACGUACCGCAAGCGCGGUCCGUGAUCGGGGCCACCAACAUCACGCUCUACUCGACGCCGUCCGCGCUGCGCUUCAGGAUGGGGUUGUCCAACUGGACGACGCGCUUCAAGGCGGACCCGAAGCGAAUGAAUUGGCAAGACGAGUGCCUCGCCGUCACGACAAGCCAAGGUCGGCUGUACGAGUUUGGUGUGUCGGCGGACUAUGGUACGCGUCACUUUGGCGUCUUGACGACGUUGGUGAGUAUCACUCCUCGGUACGUGGUGGUGAACCGCACGCCGUGGACGUUGGUGCUGCUCGAGGACGAUGGAUCGCUGCAGACGAUGGACCAAGUGGACCACGUGAUCAACGCCGGUGACGCGUACAGCUUGUGGUGGGCAGGAGGCAGCCGCAAGGCCCUUCGCGCCAGUGUCGUGGGCCUCCAUGGGACGUCAAGUUGGUCGGACUCGUUCAGCAUCAAUACCCCCAACACGUUUGACUUGAUUGUCCCGAAUGACGUCGACUGUCCGUACCUCCAGGUAAGCGUCAAGACGGGUGGGCUCUCGCAAGCGACGUUCGUGGUCGACAUUGCGCGUCUCGAUUCGGAACCCGACCUGGAGCAGUCCAAGUGGGACGUCAUCAGCUACGACAUCAAGGUUGCUGGGUUGGACAUCACGCUGUCCGACUCGACCCAAUCGGCCAACGACGCGUUCGACUUGUUUGGCAGCAGCGCCAUGGCGGAAGACGUGGCUCGAUUCAGCAUUUCGAACAUUCGCUUCGAUUCGUUCAAGGACCGCAUCUCGACAAACUCGCAUCUCGACAUUGCAUCCGUCACGCUGGAAGACCUGCUGGAAGGCACCAAGUACCCCAAGGUCCUGACGCCGUCCAAAGCUGGCCACGACUUUGUCCAGUUUACGUAUGUCUCGAAGCGGCAUCCCAAAUACGCGUACAUUGAAGAGCUCACGUUGUGGGUGAAGGACGUCCAUCUCCAGACGUCGAUGAAGUUUGUGGACCGCAUCAACACGGUCGUGGCGGAGGUGUCGACGCAUUUUGCGACGACGCCGGUCGACUUGCUCACGUACUUUACCGCUUUUGACUCGAUGGAAAUGACGGCCAUCACGGGGCGCAAGUGCUUUUUUGAGCGCUGCCACAUCCACCCGAUCAACGUGGUGGUGUCGUUUGUCCGCGACAAGAACGAUCGCAUCGACCCGUCGGCUGGGUUUUGGAUAUCAAACCUCAAGUUCCGCAUCAAGGACGCGUCGAUUGUGCUCGACGAGUACAAGCUCAGCCACGCGUUUGCGACGCAAGAGUCGGUCGUCCAUGCCGUUGGCGCGUUCUACGUGAGCUCGAUGAAAGGGCAAGCGCUCAACUUGAUCGAGUCGAUCCAGGUCACGUCGCUUGUGACGGGCGUUGUCAAGGACGGUGUGUCGUCGUUGGUGUCGACCUUGAUCGGAAAGACGGACACAUCGCUUGCGUCGUCGGCUUCGUUUCGGUACGAGUCGCUGUCGAAUCAAGCGAUCGUGGCCAAGCACUCGGCCGCGCUGGCCAAGCGAUGCACGUCCCCCGCCGACGUUGCCGUGAUUCUCAACCACUUGGUGUACGACUGGGACGGCAAUCACACGGGGCUCGAGGCGCGGGCGUGCAUGGCACUCGGGAUUGUCAACAAUUCGCGGCAGUCGGUGGUGCUGCAAGUGUUUUUAAAGGAUGGCGCUGAAACGAGACUUCUCCCCACUGGCCGCAACUACCUGGACGGCGCGUCGACCCAGCACUGGACCAGCGACCGCGCGCUCAUCGUGUUUGCGUGGGGUUACACGCCGACGCUGCUCACGACGGGCGACAUUUGCCUCCAGCUUCAGUCGAACGCAUUCAACUUGUACAUUUCGAAAAACUCGACGCGGCUGCAGCCGAAUCCUGGUUACUCGGCGACGUUUACGGUCCAGGAAAAGCAGACGUGGUGGUCCAAGUUUAUGAUCAUCGUCGGCGACGACUUGCCGUCGCAGGAAGUGUCGUCGACCGACGCGAUCGACACGUACGAAGUCAUGUUUACGACGGACGCGCUCGGGAUUGUGGCCAAACAAGUCGACCAUCAGACCGUCGUGGUGCGCGAGUGUUGCUACUUUUCCAACGGCCAGCCCGGCCCGGCGCUCGCGACCGGCCGCAUCUCCGAGGACGACGUGAUUCUGUCCGUGAAUGGAAUUCCCAUCAAGUCGACUCAAGCAUUCAAAGACAUUAUCGUCAACACGUCGAGGCCAAUUGUCGUCCGAUUCAAAAAGGCCUCGUUCGACCUGUUCGGGGAGACGCCUCGACGCGGACCCAGCGGCGGCGAGUACAGUUUGUUUGGGUAGGAAUGGAUUCCACCCACGUGAUGCGACAUCACUUGUGUGCUGUGGACGACGGACAGCGCCACCACUGUCGACAUGCGUGAGCGACGGAUUGUAACAAAGCCAUCCCUUUGAAGCUGUCCUUGGACGUUCGUCGAGUCCACAAGUGCCUGUGCGUGAGUAGUGGAUCGCCGACGUGUGUGCAAAUGCCAUGAAGUCUCAAAUUCGCAUUGUGUCGUCAGGAGAAACGGAUGAAGUCGGAAAGAUGAUAGGGACAGCUCCACCACUGUCGACAUC